AUGAAGUUAAUAAGUGAUCUUAAUAAGCCAUGGAUAAUUCUUGGUGAUUUCAAUGCAGUAAUUUCUCAAGAUGAAAAAGUUGGUGGUAGACUUCCUAAUAGAACUGCAAUGUUGGAUUUCAAUGAAUGUAUAAAUCAGUGUGAACUUCUUCCUGCUCCAAAAAAUGGUCUUCAAUUUUCUUGGUCUAAUUGUCAACAAGUUUUUGGAAAUGUUCAAGUAAAGAUAAAAGAAGCUGAAGAAAGAGUUCAAGCUGCAACUGAGAUAUCUGAUAAUAAUCCAUUUGAUGAAGAUGCUCUAAAUGAAUUAGUUCAAGCUCAAAAUGAACAUGCAAGUAGAGAGAUUAGAAAUGCAAGGAAUACGAUUAAUGAAAUAGAAGAUGAUGAUGGGAAUGUACUUGCAAGUCGGGAUUUAAUAGCUCAAUACUUGGUUAACCAUUUUCAAAAGAAAUUUGAGCAUGCCCCUGUGGAAGAAGCUGAUGAACUGUUGGAGACACAAGCUGCAAAAACUGCCAAUCAGUUCAAACCAAUAGGAUUGAGCAAUGUUAUCUUUAAGAUAUUUACAAAAAUAAUCACCAGCAGAAUGAGUGAGUUAAUGAAGAAGCUGAUAUCUCCUCAACAAGUAGCAUAUGUCAAAGGAAGAACUAUUCAUGAACAAGUUAUUCUAGCAUCUGAACUUGUUAAUGAAAUGAAGUUUAAAAGAAGAGGAGGGAAUAUAAGUAUGAAACUUGACAUUUCUCAGGAUUAUGACACAGUAAGUUGGGAGUUUUUGAUCAAAGUAUUAAAGAAAUAUUGCUUUUCAAAUGAUUGGUGUGAAUGGAUAAUAACUUUGUUUAAAUCAGCAAGAAUUUCAGUGUUGGUGAAUGGAGGACCCUGUGGCUUUUUUAAAGUUGAAAGAGGGCUGAGGCAGGGAGAUCCCUUAUCUCCAAUUAUUUUUGUGAUUAUGGAAUAUGUAUUUAGCAAAAACAUUUCAGCUAUGGUGGAGAAAAGAAAAAUGCAGUCAAUGGUUACAAAAAAAGGUAUUCACCCUACACAUCUCUUCUUUGCAGAUGAUGUAUUCAUUUUUAGCAAUGGCGGUAGGAAGAGUUUAUUAAAUCUGCUUUAA